UCGAACUGAUCUGGUGAUAGGUGUGAAGCCAGUUAGUGGAUGACGAAGGAGUAGAGACCUUCUCCUUUUUGUAUAUAUUUUAUCUGCUUUAACCAUACGGUUAGGUUCUUCCUAGAAAAGAGAAUAUCUUUUUUUGAGUAUUGUACCCUGAGGACCUCGGGGCAGGAUCUGGUAUUACUUGUUUCUGUAAAUUGCUUUGUGAAGGCAACAUUUUAGAGUUUCCAGUUUUGCAGUCUCUCUCGUUUUUAAAUUUCUUUUUUUAAGAGACUUCUCUCAAAGAACCCGCAUUUUAUUUUUUAUAUUCAUAAUAUUGAGGAGUUUUGCCAAGCUUUGACUAUGAGAAUCGGACAGAGCGAGAGUUAAGAAGCUAGUCACGCUGGCUGUCAAAGCUGUGUGUCUUGGACGUUGCCACCAACUUGUUACCCAAUGGUUAUGGGUUAAGAAGAAAACAUGGUGGUUACUCAAUUGGAACUGGAGCUGUGCUUCCAUGGAAAGAAACUAAGAGGCUUCAAAUGUACGUUGACCAAGUCACCCAAUGGCUUUCUUCCGGAGACCUACUUUUCCAUCGCUGCUCAGGUCCUUGUACCGUACCUGUUGGCGGGGUUAGGCAUGGUGGCAGCUGGCCUGAUGAUGGACAUCUUUCAACACUGGGAUGUCUUCAAGACGAUCACGGAGAUCUUCAUCCUCGUCCCAGCUUUGGUGGGUCUUAAGGGUAAUUUGGAAAUGACCCUGGCAUCUCGACUCUCCACCGCUGCAAACACAGGUCAGAUGGAUAACCCUAAGGAGAGGUGGAAGAUGGCCGUCAGUAACCUCGCCUUAAUCCAGGUCCAGGCCACGGUGGUGGGUCUCCUGGCGGCCGUCGCCGCUGUCGUUUUGGGGGCUUUGUCUAAAGGAUACGUGGAGUUGGAUAAAGCGGCUGUUCUGUGCGCCAGCAGCGUCACUACGGCAUUCAUUGCGGCUCUGUCCUUGGGUCUGGUGAUGAUUGGUGUCAUCAUCGCGUCCAGGAAGGUCGGGGUUAACCCUGACAACGUUGCGACCCCCAUAGCGGCCAGCCUCGGAGAUCUGAUCACUCUCUCUCUGCUAGCAGGCAUCAGCAGCACAUUGUACACAUAUAUAGAUGUCCAGUACCUCUCCCCGUUAAUCUGCGUGGUCUUUAUUAUCCUAAUCCCGUUGUGGGUGGCGGUGGCGAAACAGAGUCCCUCCAUCGCAGAAGUGCUGAAAUCCGGUUGGCAGCCCGUCAUCGUGGCCAUGUCCAUUAGCAGUAUCGGUGGCCUAAUCCUUGACAAGACAGUCACGGACCCCAAAUUUGAAGGAAUGGCUGUAUUUACACCAGUUAUUAAUGGUGUGGCUGGAAAUCUGGUCGCCAUUCAGGCUAGUCGGAUCUCCACCUUCCUUCAUUUCUGGAGCAUGCCGGGGGUCUUACCGUAUAAAAUGAGGCAGCACUGGCCAAACCCUUGCACUACCUUUUUCUCGUCAGGUGUUAACUCCAAAUCCGCUCGAGUGUUGUUUCUGCUUGUCGUGCCCGGCCACCUGGUGUUCCUCUACACAAUCUACUUCUUACAAGGAGGACAUGCUUCCCUGACCACACUCUUUGUCACUUUCUAUCUGGCUGCUGCCCUGUUGCAGGUGGGCACCCUGCUGUACUUAGCGGACCUCAUCGUGCGGUUUAUGUGGAGGAAAGGCUUGGACCCCGAUAACUUCUCCAUCCCUUACCUCACCGCUCUCGGGGACCUACUGGGAACAGGCUUCCUCGCCCUGUGCUUCCGGCUGGUGUGGCUCCUCACUGGGACAGAGGACCAACUGGGAGACUGAGAAGACUUUUUGUUUUUGGUACCAAAAUGACACUCGGUUGGAGGGUGGGUUUGUAGAUACAACAUUGCGCAAUACUCAAAAUAUAUAUAUA